AUGUCCGCGCCUCCAUCUUGGCUAUUCUCCAACAACUUCACAAAAACCAAUAACGCAAGCACCCCUACGGCUUCCGCGACAACGCAACCAGACAAAAUGGCCAAGGUCAAGAAGUCCGAGAAGAAGGUCAAGGCCGAUGCCACCUCCACCAAGCAGGCUCCUCCCGCCCAAUUGAUGGACCUCAUCGACUCCUUCCUUUCCGAGAACGCCUUCACCUCCGCCCACGAGGCCUUCCAGAAGCAGCGCGCCAAGAGCGGCUGGAAGCCUUCCAAGAAGGAAGCGGCCCAGACGGACCUCGUCACCGUCUUCCAGACCUGGCAGACUUCUUCCACCGCUCCGACCACCAGCGAGAGCUCUAGCGACAGCAGCUCGAGCGAGGAUGUGGACAUGGCCGAUGCGGCUGCCGCUGAGAGCGACAGCGAUAGCAGCUCGAGCUCCAGCUCCAGCUCCAGCUCCGAUUCCGACUCCAGCAGCGACAGCGAGAGCGAGGAUGAGAAGCCCAAGCCCGAGGCUAAGCAGAGCCUGAAGCGCAAGGCGCCCGAGUCCGACAGCAGCAGCAGUGAUAGUAGCAGCAGCAGCGACAGUGACUCCUCCUCAGACGACUCCAGCUCUGAAGAUGAGGCCCCCAAGGCCAAGAAGCAGAGGGUCAAGAAGGACGACAGCAGCUCCUCCUCCGACUCCUCUUCCGAUUCCAGCUCGGACAGCUCUAGCGAAUCUGACUCCUCCUCCGACUCAGACUCUUCCGACAGCGACAGCGACUCUGACUCCGACUCUGAUGGCUCUGAGGCCGCAAAGGUGCCCCUUCCCGAAUCCGGCUCCGACUCCUCUUCUUCCUCUUCCGAUUCGGACUCCGACUCAGACGCAGACACCAAGAAGAAGGCCAAGAAGGAAAAGGCACCCACCGACAGCGCUUCCCUCUCCUCCGCAACCCUCGAGAAGACCUCCCCCGAGCUCAAACCCGCGACCUCCACGGCCGCCGACCCGCCUCUGCCCCCUGACCCCAUGACCUACCGCGCCAACAACCGCGGCGGCAAGAAGGAGAAGAAGGAGCCCAACAAGCCCUUCUCCCGCAUCCCCGACGUCGUCUACGUCGACCCCCGCUUCGCCAGCAACGAAUACGUGCCCAACGACUACUCGCAGCGCGCCCACGAGGACCUCAUCGUUACCAAGGGCAAGGGCUUCACCAAGGAGAAGAACAAGAAGAAGCGCGGCGCCUACCGCGGCGGCUUGAUUGACAUUUCUAGCAAGAAGGGCAUCAAAUUCGACUAA